AUGGCGACCAGACAAGUACUCAUCCGCCCCCUGCUGCUCCCCGCCUUCAUCUACGCUCUAGGUGGCAUGCCAGUCAUCUGGGACCAGGACAUCUUUUUCAUCGAGGAGUCGCCUCGGUGGCUGUUGCUGGUGAACCGUCGCGAGGAGGCCAUGGCGGGACUGUCUAGGCUGCGAGGUCUGCCCGUCGACGAUCCGCGCGUGCAACACGAGAUUGUAGAGAAUGAGGAGGAUAUUGACCGAACGGCCGAGGAGGUGAGCAAUGCGAGUUUCUGGAUCAUUGCCAAGGAGACUUUUACCAAGUCUCCGAAGCUCCGUCGCGUGCAGCAUAGUGUCCUCACAUAA